GUAAUCUGUACCGCUCGGCGUAGAGGUGAAUAGAGAGAUAGGAAGAUGUUGCUUUGUGGCAGCUGAAUUGCAACAAUACAUCGCCUCGGGACGCACAUACCAGGCUACUGUUUCCAUUGGCACAUCGCUGUGUCUUGGGAUGUGGAGGGACCUGCGGGUGGAGUGGCAUGUGGGUCAAUCCUAGAACAGUUGGAAGGGCCCUCUCCAUGGAUAUAGACACAGACUAUGAGCGGCCUAACGUCGAGACGAUAAAAUGCGUGGUGGUGGGGGAUAAUGCGGCCGGCAAGACGCGCCUGAUCUGUGCCCGCGCCUGCAACGCCACGCUCACGCAGUACCAGCUGCUGGCCACCCACGUGCCAACUGUCUGGGCCAUCGACCAGUACCGCGUGUGCCAGGAGGUCCUGGAGAGGUCGAGGGACGUGGUGGACGAGGUCAGCGUCUCCCUGCGGCUGUGGGACACGUUCGGGGACCACCACAAAGACCGGCGCUUCGCCUACGGCAGGUCCGAUGUGGUGGUGCUGUGCUUCUCCCUGGCUAAUCCCAACUCUCUGCGCCAUGUCCGUACCAUGUGGUUCCCUGAGAUCAAACACUUCUGUCCGCGCACCCCCAUCAUCCUUGUGGGCUGCCAGUUGGACCUGCGCUACGCUGACCUGGACGCCGUCAACCGCGCCCGGAGACCCCUGGCUAAGCCCAUUAAGCCCGCUGACAUUCUGCACCCAGAGCGAGGCCAUGAGGUGGCCAAGGAGCUGGGCGUGCCGUACUACGAGACCAGCAUCGUGGCUCAGUUCGGCGUGAAGGACGUCUUCGACAACGCCAUCCGAGCCGCGCUCAUCUCCCGCCGGCACCUGCAGUUCUGGAAGUCCCACCUGAAGAAGGUGCAGAGGCCCCUCCUGCAGGCCCCCUUCCUGCCCCCGCGCCCGCCCCGGCCCGUGGUGGGCAUCCCGGACCCCCCCGCCAUCGACGGAGAAGGGCCCGACUCCCUCUUCUGCCAGCCCCUCUGCGCCGACGUCCUGUUCCUCCUCCAGGGCGGCGCCAUGCGCGUCUACGCACACAAGGUCUACCUGGCCACGUCCUGCUCCAAGUUCUACGACCUCUUCACGUUGGAUCUGGAGAGCUCGGGGGGCGACGCGGGCGAGGUGGGGGAUGGGGAGGAUGAGGAGGAGGACGAGCAGAGCCGCAGGGGAGCGAAGGAGCAGGCGGGCCGAACGAAGAGCCUGGACAUCGAUAAAGACAGCGAGAUUGGCUCUCAGGGGCCCAAGCGGCCCCUGUUGCUCCAGCAGGGCUCUUUAAGAACUUCUCGGAGCGCUAACGCUCUCCCGGCUCAGAGUCAGUGCGAGGUCGGGUCCUUCAGGACCGGCCGGGCCCUCUCAGGGUGGGGCCGUGGCUUCCUCAGUGUGUGUCUGGAGCAUGUGGAGGACCCCGUAACCGGGAGACCCAGGCUCAUGACCGUGGUGUCCAUGGAUGGCCUGAUUCAGAAAAGACCCUUCCAGGCUGUGCUGCAGUACCUCUAUACUGGUAGUCUAGACGAGAGCAGAGGGGAUCUCAUGCAGGUCGCCACCAUCGCUGAGCUGCUGGAGGUGUUUGACCUGCGUAUGAUGGUGGCCAAUGUGCUGAAUCACGAGAGCUUCAUGAACCAGGAGAUCACCAAAGCCUUUCACGUGCGACGAGCCAACCGCAUCAAGGAGUGCCUCAGCAAGGGCACCUUUUCUGAUGUGGUGUUCCGAUUGGAUGACGGCUACCUCCCCGCCCACAAGCCCCUCCUGAUCUCCAGCUGCGAUUGGAUGGCAGCUAUGUUCCGCGGGUCUUUCAUGGAGAGCUACGUCAAUGAGGUGUCUAUCCCCAGCACCAGUAGUGCCUGUAUGCGAGCGGUGCUGGAGUACCUGUACUGCAGCUGCCUGACGCCCUGCCCCGACCUGCAGCCCAUCGACCUCAUCGUGCUGGCUAACCGCCUAUGCCUGCCCCGCCUCGUCGCCUUCACAGAGCAGUAUGCAGUAGAGGAGCUGCUCCAGUCUCCCAUGAAGGGCGUGGACAUUGACGGACAGGUGCUGACAUACCUGGAGAUGGCUCAGUUCCACAAUGCAAAGCAGCUUUCUGCAUGGUGUCUGCACCACAUCUGCACCAACUACAACAGUAUCUGUCGCAAGUUCCCAAAAGAAAUGAAGGCCAUGGUCCCAGAGAACCAAAAGCACUUUGAGAAGCACCGCUGGCCCCCUGUGUGGUUCUUAAAGGAGGAAGACCGGUAUCUGCGCUCCCAGAAGGAGCGGGAGCGAGAGGAGGAGAUCCUCCGCAAGCAGCACACCAAGAGGGGCUGGUGUUUCUGGAGACACUCGUCUUCCUCUGCUCCCCACGUCUCCUGAGGCUUCGCCCUGGGACCCCCGCCACCCCCCCCCCCCCCACCCUCCCCUGCGCCCCCAGCCACGAGCAGAACCCCCGAGCCCACAGGAGCUCUGCCUGCCUCCUGCUUCAGGCGCUCGGGGUGCAGCUGUGCCCUGCCUGAUAGAGGGCACCUGGCUGACCACCGAUAACUGCACUCCGGGCUCUUUGGUCGAUGCUGUAUGACAGAAGCCCUGAGGCAGGAGCAGACCCCGGGGCCUCUUCAGCACUGCACUAGGGCUGGGCCUAGGCCUGAGGGUGCAAGGUGGAUAAUUCAAUGCAGAUGUUGUGAGUUACACUUGAUUUUAUCUGCAGUAUUAAGGACACAAAACAAUUGGAAACAAUCUUAAAUUCGAAGCUCUACAACUUUCAAACAAAAAGGGCGGCAGGGAUAUAAAAAAAAACAAGAGAAAUGACAAUGGAUUUUGAUUGGUUUUUGGUUGUGUCAAAACUGUGGUUGGAUAUUCUCAACCUUUCAGAAUUUGUGAUUUUUGAGGGGAAUUUUCUCACAGUUCAUUUCUUUUCACUUUAUCCCUUUAUUUUUCAUUUCUCAAACCCCUCCCCCAACAGAUUCCCCACAGCAGCAUAUCACUGUUUAUUUGAAUGCAAAAGCAUGGGUUGAAGAAUUCAGGACCAGAAGGUUAUUUCACACAUUCAAGGAGGCCACUAAGGGCACCCCGAAGAGAGGAAAUUGAGAGGAACAAAUGACGUCAGCGCAGCUUACACCCUGCGGACAUCCUGUAAUAGAUUUAACAUUAUGAGCCGGCUAACACACGAAGAGCUUGGAGGCAGAGGGCUAAUGCUUAUACCACUUCUAUGAGAGUGUCAUGGAACAGCUUUCAUCAAAGUGAGCAGGAUGCUUGUGGCUCUAUGCCUACUUGCCAGAUGGAAGGAUAAACAUGAGAAAUGUUUAAAAAGGUUGGAACUCUGUCUUCAAUUCAACCCUACCCCACCCUAUUUUGUGCCGAUGGUCUCGCCCUUAAGAAAAUACCACCUCUGGCGUGAAGAAACUUCUCUCAAGAAGCUGUCUGCCUUCUCAUUGACUCUUCCUUCCCUUGGCUUGAUUGUUCCAGAGAUUUCUGCCAGCUGUGCUUGGCGAGAUCCAGCUCCAAUAGCUCCUCCAUCCUGGCUGGCUCGUAUGCCGUUUGAUUCAAACAACUUUUUAUCUGCUGCUCUUUUUCAGGUUUUUUUUUAAAAUCAUACCCAAAAAUAAAGCUGUGAAGACUCUUUUUAACGAAGCACAAUGCGAGUUCUCCAUUUCCUCUUCCUCUCCACUGCUCCACCUGCCCCCCCAGAGAGGGACGUAGGGAUGCAACAAGAGGAGAUGAAGUUCCUUGACCAACGUCGCUGUAGUAUUAAAAUGUAAAGCUAUAUACUUAGGACUAAAACAACCGCCUUUCCAUGGGGGAGAUUCACUCUCACUCUAAUAUAAUGGUGCUCAAUAUUUUAUAAUGACACAGUCGUGUUUUCUGAAACAGUGUUUUGAUGUGCUGUGGACAUUUUUUUACUGGCCAUCUUCAUUAACCAUCUAUACCUGCAUUAUGCUAAUGCCUUCUGGUCCAUCAAUGUAUUGAAGCUUGGGAGUGUUGUGUUCAACUAAACUAAUUAUUUUUUUAGCCAUUUUUUAUGUUUGUUAUUCAGUCCACUUGCUAUUCAGUGGAAAAUGUAUAUUCACCACUAAUUCUUUAUCCAAUUAUUUGUUUUAUUACUUUCAUUGUAUACUCAUUAACCACAUGCGAUGCAGUUUUACAAUUAACUAAGGAAAUGUGUUGUAAUGUGUAGUUUGUAACGCAGAUGUCAGUAUUACAGCGAGCCCAGGUGGCUAUAUUAAAGUUCACCCUUCCGACUCCUUCUUUGGCAGGGGUGAUGGGCCCUGCAGGGCCAUAUCACACAUGCUUUAAUAAUCUCACCCGUAUGCCAGCACGUACAGGAUUUCACAUUACGAUUGUCUGCUUGAGUGUUGAAAAGUAUGUUUGUCAGAAAUCACUGCACCUUCGGGGUGGGAUUAUAGGACCACAGGGUUUGUGCAUUUGGAGUGGCGGUAUCUCAUGAGCAGGUUAGUGUGGAGGUUGAGGGAAGGUGCUCUGCUCUGUAUAGUAAGUCCUUAUAAUGAGUCCUCUGUGGGUAUUCCCCUCAGGACCUGGCUGGCUUUAAAAAUCAUUUGUUAAAAUUUGCGUUGCGGUGAGACUGGGUGGACAGCACCUCUUUGGUAAUGUUUACACAUUGUGGUUAGUCCUGGUAUUAACAGUGUUAACAUUGUGAAGUUUUGCAAAGGGAAACGCUGGGAUAUACGUACAUUGGGUGAGAAGUUUGUUGAUGAUUCUUGUGAUUAUACAAGUCUGAUAACAAAUUUUGAUGUAGCUAGAAGAUACUGAAAACAAAUUUUCCAACAUUUUUGGAAAAAGGAAAACAUGUUGGAUGCCCUGAAGUAGAACCAAUUGAAUGUUGGACAUUUUGUAAUUUUUUUAAUCUACAAAUUGCUGAAACAGUUUUAUUAUUUCAACUUAUAAUAUUUUCAUCCUUGCAUCUUCUGAAGUGAAAUUGUGUGAAAUUGAUCUUUCUCAUAAUAUUAGAGAAUGUCUGAGAAGUUGGUCCCUAGGGAAAGGUAAAAUCAAUGUGAUAAGAUAUGCUAGAUGAAUUCUACCAAGUGUGCCAGUUAAUUGAACUGAAUGUGAAAAAAAAUCCAAAUAUCCCUUGCCCUGCUCCUUCCUUAAUGUAGGCCAGCUUUACUGAGUGUUGUGGGUAGAUGGAAGAUUGCGGCACGUCUUGUAUUUCUGAGCUUAGGGUGUGUUCUCUAUCAGAAGUAAAGGAAAUUCACUUAAUGGAAGCUGAGGCAAAGCUUUACACUGGGAUACACCCAGUCAUAGCAGACUACAUCGCUGUGCUGUCCCUCACUGGUCCUGUGCUAUGUGGGCUUGUGGAUGAACUUUUACACACGAAUGUGGGGCCCUGCUCUGUGUCUUUCAGACACCCCAACACUUGCCAAGGACAUGUUCUUAAAAAAAAAACAAAAAAAACAUCUGAAAGUACAUUUUCAAAGCUUGAUUUCAUUUUUUCUACUAUUUUGAACAUCUGUACAGGGUUACUCACUGAAUGUUUUACGACUGUAUACGUGUAUGUUUUGUGUACAGUCAUAGAAUGUAGCACUAAUUAGUCGGACUGCUGGUCUGAGAUAAGAUAUUGUUUUGUGGGGCAUGGUCUGUGAACUGGAUGGCAAGGACAUUCUCUGAAGUGUAGUGAAAAAUAGACUCUCUUGACUGCAUUUGUCAUUAAGAGCUGAUGUUGUCAUUUAUUGAUUGAAAUGAUGGAGUGUUUAGAGUGGACAUGGAGCUCUGAUGUCUUGCAGUUGGACACUCUUUAACCAGUUGUAAUAAAAAUGUGGAGUGGCUUUAGAGUAGAUUGGAAGUUUCAUCUGGUUAUGGAGUUUUGAUAUUUGGCAGUUGUUGUUGUGUGUAUGGUGUCUUGUGGCAGGCUCCAUAACCAGAUUAAUUAGUUUAAAUUAGAUUCAAGUUUUUACAGCAUUUUGUGGUAUGAACCUGGAGUAGAGUGCACACCUGGCUAAGUGGCAUAGCUCUAACAUCAGUGCAUAUAGCAGACAGUGUGCUCAUGUAUAAGGGAGGGGGUGGAGGGAUGGAUUGGGGUUUUAGGCCCCUUUGCCUGUGUAGCUGAUGGUGAACCACUGCAACUCUCCUUUUGUCUACUUCACAUUUUCACCAUUUGUCUUCCAGGUAUUUGGUUCCAAUCUUUUUUUCCAAACAUAAUUAAGCACUUUAAUGCAGAUGUGGCAGGAACUUUAUCUUGAAAAUAUUUUUAAUAAAUUAUGUUAUUCCUCCACUCUUUGAAUCUGGAAGUAAAAGUGGGAGAUAAGAGCUAAGCAUUCUAAACACAGAACAUUACCACAUUUACCUGUGAGUUAUGAACACAUUUACCCUGUGAGUUAUGGUGAAGGCUUAAUUUAUAAGUCAUACUCCAGGUACCUCAGAAGGCUACCUUUGGAUUUAAAGUAGCGUGCAGUGAUAUGUGCAGAUUAUUUUGACCUUUGAAAGGGUUUGUGUGAGGGUGGGAAAGAUUGAGGUGGGUUCCCUGUGCUGUCAGCUGUGCGUUUAAAGCAUUGGUUCCCCCUCCGGUGAGACCCCUCUCUCAGCUUAAUUCUUUCGGACCGUGCUCCAGAGUAUGCAUCAGUGUGUGUUUUAUGGCGUGUUUUCCCAUGUCCUUAUGCUGUAAAGGGAGACCUCGGCCCCACCAUUGCAGCUGACGUGUCUCUCGUGUCUCAGCCCUUCCAUUUCCUGUGCCUUCUCUCUCACACCGUUGCCUGUCUCUGUGUCGUCCCCCAAGACCCACUACCUAGGGGAGGUUCCUUCCAAGUGCCACUACCUUUGAGUCUCAGGUGCUGGGGUCAGAUGGGCCUCCAACAAUCAAACACAGACACCUGCACACAAUUAACUGAUUACAGACACACAGACAGAUAGCUUGUCCACCGCUAGCAAAAGCAACGUUGGUCCGGUUAGUAUCACUCAGGUCGCAUGGCUGGGUGACACUCUAUUGUAGCAUCUUUCCUGUGAGCUUGGAUUGCAUUGGGAUUUUUGGGGCCAUGACUGCUCUUUUUUAAUACAGUACAGUGCCCACACUGGAAGCCAGCCUUGAUCCACCGCCAGUGAGUUCCUCAAAUUCAGUCUGCAUUUAAUUCCUGCAGUUCAAAUCAACGAGAAGCUUAUCACUUCUAGUUGUUUUCAGUUUAGUGCAAAUAACUAUUAUAUUGCCAUGCUUCCUCCAUACCGAUCAUAUUUUCUGUUCUAAUAGAAGCAAUAAUAAUAAUUCCUGAUCUCUUGUAUACAUUUCUGUUUAAUUUCAUACCCAAUAUUCACGUAAAUCAUGUUUCAAGUUGCAUGAUUUUCACAUACUGUCAGUUUGGAGUGCAGACCACCCCUAUUAUAGGAACAGUAUUUAACAGUAGUUUACUGUUAACAACAUCACAUGACUGAAUUGUCAGUGUUAUUAUAAAUGGAUUACUGUAGGUAUUAGUGUUCAGUUAUUUAUAUGUUCAGUUGGUCUUCAGUAGGAAAUAUUUCUUGUGACUGUAUACAGUAUUUUUCCUCUGUCGCUGGCUUUAGAGCUUACUUUGGAUUUUCCCUGGGAAUAUAUUUACUAAAAUGCAAGAAGUACUUCACCAGUACAUUUUAUUUCCAGGAUAUGCUUUUCAUGAGAUAUAUAGAUAACGUAUCCGAUCCCUAUAGCACACUUCUUUGCAAUUGCUUUCAAAGACAUUCAGUACCAUAAGCAAAAAUGGAUAAAUUCAUUAAAAAAUAUAUUUUACAGUUUAACCAGCUGCCUGGGCACUCUUAGACCUGAGUCUCCUCUCUUCAUGUGAGAAAUGUACACACUGAUUCUCAGUAACAGAACGAGGCUUUAUUUGAUUCAUCUCAGAGUAAGGAUGGCCUUAUUGUUCUUUAUGCGAACGUGAUUGUAAAAGCAGUCAUAUCUUCUGAUUAGGAAACUCAGAAGUGAGGCUUUUUUAUAGUCAUUGAAACACAAUUCCCUUAAAAUGCAGGGAAUUGUUGUUCAGACUGUGGUGUCUUACAGCGUCUCAGUACUGCAGCUGGUGGGCUACAGGGCUCAGAGCGAUAGAAGGGGUUUGAUUCUGUUCUGUGCGCGUUGUGUGACUUUUACAUACUCAAGCACUUUUAUUCCCUUACUCUUAGUAGAGAUUUUUUGUUCAGAGAAAUGAGAGGUAAAAAAAAACAACAACUGUAAAUCUGAAACCAGACAAAAAACAUUUAAGGGCUUUCUUAAAAAAAAUGUUUUGCUGCUUUUUGGGAAAAAACUUUUCAAGGUAAAACAUGUUUUUUGUAAUAUUUUCAAACCACUGUGAUUUGCACAAUAACUGAAAUUAUGAAAAAAAUGAAAGCGUAUUGCAAUUUCAGUAUUUUGAUGUUUUGACUUUAUUAAAACUUUGCUGAAGUCUUUGA